AUGGGUUCGAGCCCCGAGCUCGGGAACCGCGAGCCGGUGGAGCCGCCCGGCGACGACCCUCUGGGGCUGGGGAACGUUGCGGGGACGAGUCCGGACAAGCGCAGCAACAACCCGUACCAGGCGCUGCCGAUCACGGGCCGCAGGAUCCAGGAGAACAUCGCGACGGGGCUGGAGGUGCUCGACACGGGCGGAAUGACGCACGACGAGGUCGACGCUGAAUUGCAGCGCAUCAUGGACGCCUACAAGAAGCGCCUGGAGGACCGCACGCAGCACCACCUGGGCUAUCCGUACAACCUGGACUUCGACUUCGGGCCCCUUGAGGGCCUGCAACGCUUCUCGAUCAACAACCUCGGCGAUCCCUUCAUCGAAUCGAACUACGGCGUCCACUCCCGCGAGUUCGAGGUCGGCGUCCUGAACUGGUUCGCGCGGCUCUGGGAGAUCGAGCCGGAGGAGAUGUGGGGCUACAUCACCAACUGCGGCACCGAGGGCAACCUGCACGGGAUCCUGACGGGGCGCGAGAACUUCCCGGACGGCAUCCUGUACUGCUCGAAGGAGACGCACUACUCCGUCCCGAAGGCCGCGCGCAUGUACCGCAUGGACCUGGUCGAGGUGCGGUGCAACGAGUCGGGCGAGAUCGACUACGGGGCGCUGGAGGCGGAGCUGCGGCGCAACAGCGACCGCCCCGCGAUUUUGAACGUGAACAUCGGCACGACGGUCAAGGGCGCGGUGGACGACUUGGAUAAGUGCAUUGCGGCGCUGAAGGCUGCGGGAUUCGGCGAGGACCGGUUUUUCAUUCACUGCGACGGCGCGCUGUUCGGGAUGAUGGUGCCGUUCCUGCGGCGCGCCGCGACGGUGUCGUUCAAGAAGCCGAUCGGGAGCGUGAGCGUGAGCGGGCACAAGUUUGUCGGCGCGCCGGUGCCGUGCGGGGUGGUGAUGACGCGGCUGAAGUACGUGAUGAAGCUCAGCAGCGACGUGGAGUACCUGAACUCGAGGGACGCGACGAUCAUGGGCUCGCGGAACGGCCACGCGGCGAUCUACAUGUGGUACAACCUCGCGCGCAAGGGCUACGAGGGGUUCCGGAAGGACGUCGAGCGCUGCAUGCGUAACGCGCACGUCCUCAAAACGAUGCUCGAGAAGGUCGGCAUCCGCGCGAUGCUCAACGAGAUGUCGUCGACGGUCGUCUUCGAGCGCCCGAAGUCCGAGGCGUUCAUCAGGAAGUGGCAGCUGGCCUGCGAGGGCGACAUUGCGCACGUCGUCGUCAUGCAGAACGUGUCCGUGGCGAAGCUGCAGCAGUUCGUGGAGGAGCUGGUGCAGACGCGGAUGACGUACAUGCUGGACAAGAUCAAGAUCGUGGCGGAGGACGCGAUGGAGUACGAGACGCGGCUGGGCGAGGGGGAGCCGGGGGGGGCGUCGCUGUCGGGGAACGGGACGGCGGUGGCGGACGGCGACGCGUCGUCGCGCGGGUCGUCGCUGCCGACGGCGCGGACGUCCGGGGGCGCGAAGGGCGGGAACCCGUUCGACGGGGACGGCGCGGCGAAGGUUGCGGUGUCGAGGGGGGCGAGUAAGACGGGGGCGUCGAUGCUGACGACGGAGCUCGCGGGGUCGGGCCACGGCGAGGAGGACCCGUUCGGGGCCAGGGACGACGACCCGUUCUCGCAGGACUAG